AGCGCCGGUACCGGCCGCGGGACGCCUCUCAUGAUCUGCCCGCCCCACAAAGCGUCUGUCCCGGUGUGAAUUUGCGGAGAGGAGCGGCGACAGCAUCUGGAGGAUGCUCUGGGGUUUCCCAGCAGGCCUGUGAAGAUGAGUGUGACAUCAUGGUUCCUGGUGAGCAGCUCCGGGACUCGACACCGCCUCCCCAAGGAGAUGAUCUGUGGGCGAGAGGACUGUGAGCUCAUGCUUCAGUCCCGCAGCGUUGACAAACAGCACGCCGUCAUCAACUACAACCCGACGACUGACGAACACCUGGUGAAGGACCUGGGCAGCCUGAACGGGACGUUUGUGAACGACCUGAGGAUUCCUGAUCAGACCUACAUCACCCUCAAACUGUCCGACAUCAUCCGCUUUGGAUAUGAUUCUCACGUCUACGUUUUGGAGAAAAGUCAACACAAAGUUCCCGAGGAGGCUCUGAAGCAUGAGAAGUACAGCAGUCAGCUGCAGAUGAGUCUGAAGGCGUCAGAGAAGAAGAAGACGGAGCUGGAGGACCGAACGAGAGCCGAAAAAUCACUGAGUACCAAGAGUACACAGGAGGCUCCAGCGUGUCGGCCCACGCCUCUGUACGGUCAGCCGUCGUGGUGGGGAGAGGAGGAUUAUGGGAGUAAAGUUCAGAGCGGCAGUGAGCCUCAUGGAGACGUUCAGAAAGACGCCCCGCCGGUGGAUCCGGAUUUUUCCGGCUCUCUGUCAGAACCAAAGACCGUCUUCCCUUCGUACCACCGUGAGCCAAGCUACUUCGAGAUCCCCACCAAAGACUUCCAGCACCCCAAAACUCUGGGGGCGGAGCUUCAUGAGAUCCCCACCAAGGACACGGACACGCCCCCGCCACCGGCGCCGCCGUCGCCCCCCACCCCAACCCCGCCCGUCGUCCAGAGCCACGCCUCCUUCACCAUCGAGUUUGACGACUGCAUGCCCGGGAAGAUCAAGAUCAAGGACCACGUCACCAAGUUCUCCACCCGCCAGAGGAAGCAGCCGGCCCCGCCCACCAAGACCGCCACGCCCACAGACAUGAUGUCAGCAGAGAGCAAGGUGGCCGAUUGGCUGGUGCACAGUGAUGUCAGCAUGAUGAGGAGACGGCCGACGUGCGAGGACGUUUACAGCACCAAGAGCGACCUCGCCAUCAACAUCAAGACGCUCAAAGGUCACCAUCACGAGGACGGGACCCAGAGCGACUCUGAGGACCCGGUCCUCAAAGGCCGGCGGAGUAAAUCCCACCACUCCGUCCAAUCAGAGCAGUCUGAGGCGUCGCAGCAGACAGUUCAGUCCGUCCCACAAACUGAGAUUCUCCACCAGCCGCUGCAGUACUCGCCACCAGGACCGGCCCCGGCCUCACCCUUGGCCCCUGAGCGGCCCCUGUCCCAGAGUCCUCCUCGGGCUCAGUCCCCUACCGCAGAGACGCCAAAGCAGGGGCCCCCUGAGCACCUCACCCAGCAGGCCUUCAUCAUUGAGUUCUUCGAUGACAACCCGCGCAAGAAGCGCUCACAGUCCUUCACGCACAACCCCGCCCAUGCCGACUCCUACUCUGCCCUGAAGGCCAAGCUGGAGCGCCGGAAAGGCGGUGAGCGGCCGGCGUCUGUGCACGGCCACAUCCCCCCCACUCAGCAGGUGACAGUUCCUCUGAAGGGCCAGGGCCACGGCGGCCCCCAGAGGUCCAGCUCUCUGAAGAGGGAGAAGACGGAGGGGGAGGCUGUGUCCUCCUCCCGCUCCUCCUCCUCCUCCGGGAUCACCAUCAGACCCUUUGGCAGCGUCGGGAAGAAGUCCAAGCUCGCGCAGGAGUUUGCUGCGGAGUUCUUAAAGGACUCUGGUCCACAGGAGUCCUCGCCAACCAGGGACAAGAUGUCCCCACCCCCAAUGUCUGCGCCACCGGUGAUGGUGUCGCCUCCUCAGGCCAGAAUCCCCUCCCCCCAGGAAACGGCCGCCUCCUCUGUCUCCUACCCUACCUCCCCCUUACAGCUGGUGUCCAAGUCCUCCAUCCCUGCCAGCGCUGCUCCCCGGUCCACUCCUCCGGGCCCCCCCCUGUCACCCAUGCUGCCCCUGGGGGUCCGCGCUGGAGACCCCAAAGCUUCGCCGAGGAUGAUGAGGAACGAGGAGGAUGAUAGCCUGAGCGACGCUGGGACCUACACCAUUGAGACGGAGGUGCAGGACAAGGAGGUGGAGGAGGCUCGCAACAUGAUCGAUCAGGUGUUUGGCGUCCUGGACUCUCCGGAGUACAGUGGCGUCACCCCAACCGUGUACAGACCGGUUAUACAUGACGGCAGAGAUGAGCAGGCUAAUGACGGUAGCUCUGUGGACCCGCUGCAUGGCUUUAUCCCGGCUGCUCUCAGCGGCCCCCCGUCUGGCCCCCAGACCGGCCCCAUACAGGUUCCAGCUGCUGGUCUUGAAGGACCAAAGUGGGUUUCCCGUUGGGCCAGCCUGGCGGACAGCUACGGAGAGCCUGGUUCCACUCCGCCUCAGGGAGACGCUCUAGAAGAUCUGCGCUUCAUGAGUCGGUCGAUGGGGAACUACAGCUACGAUAACUCAGAGUCAGAGUCGAGUCACAGCUCCAGGACCAGACGGCUGCUGCCCCAGGUGCCUCCAGAGAAGCUGGAAGGCGUUCCUCCAAGUAUCUUGAUCCGCCACGAACCAAACCACGGCCAGGAGCCCCCUGACAGAGUCUCUGGUCCGCUCCGCCCACAGGACGCCACCCAGCGGCUGGCGGUUCAGGACGACGUGGACCCGGACAGCCUGAGUGACGCCAGUCGCUCAGACGACGCACCAGUCCUGGAGAAGACAAAGAAGACUCAGACCAGGACUGGAUCUGUGUCUCCAGCUGGUCCUCAGUUCAAGGGUCCAGAGAAAGUGUCCCCCUCCACCAAGUCCACCUCCUUCUACAUUGGCUCUGAGGACAGUUCGGGUAAACCGGAGCAGGCCCAGAGUCCGGUCCAGUCUGACAGGACUAAACCUCCCCCCACCACCGUCCUGAUCCGACACUUGAGUGGACACGAGCCCCGGAGGACAGGUGUCAAACCCAACAGUUCUGCUCCAAACCUCCAAAUGCAGGACAAGGAUUCUGUCCCCACCAAGGACAGCUGCAUGUCCUCCAUGGUCCGGCAGGAGAGCUUCACCAAAGACCGGCCCAGCGACACGGUCCAGAUGAAGAAGCUCCCGCACAUCUCCAGCCAUCCGUCCAUCCGAGACAUGGAGCAGAGGAGGGACAACAUCCAGGACACGCAGUCCUUCCUCCAGGAGGCCGAGGGGACUCUGUCCUCUCUGGACUCCAAGUUCCCCUCGUCCGGCUCCGGUCGCAGCUCAAAGAAAGGCGGCUCCUCCACCCACAUGGAUGACUCACUCUCCGGGGAGUCGGACGUGGACACGGCCAGCACUGUCAGCCAGGUGAGCAGCAAGAAUGCUCCGGUCAGCUCUGGCAUCAAAAAGCGUCCCGCCAUCAGCAGUCUGCAAAAGGAGAAGUCCUCAUCCAGCCCGUCCAUCCAGGAGAAGGGACGACAGCUCUCUGCCCGAGAACGCCUUUCUGAAAAACGCAGAAGCCAGACGACCACAGAGACGUCGAGCAAGGCAGAGGCCGCAAAGCGUUUCCAGAUGCGCCGCAGUGCGGGGAACCGCGGCUCCCUGGAUCUGUCCGAGGGCCAACAGGGUUCUGGUCCGCACUGGACUGAGACAACGUCCUCUGACCAUGAGGCCUCCCGUCCAUCCAGCCGCAGCAAGAAGCUCAUAGCCCCCCUUCAGAAGGAAGACAACGGGAAGACGCCCAAGACGGCAGCUCAGCAGGUUCUGACUCGGUCAAACAGCCUGUCAGCGCCGAGGCCAACCCGGGCGUCCAUGCUGCGACGAGCGCGCCUUGGCGAGGCCUCCGAUAACGAGGGUGCCGAGACUGACCGCGGCUCCCAGAACUCUGACCACAUCACGGCACCGUCCAAACCGUCUGCCGAGGGGAAGAAGCUGUCCCGGCUGGACAUCUUAGCGAUGCCCAGGAAGAGGACCGGCUCCUUCACGGCACCCAGUGACAAUGAGACAUCCUCCGCCGGGCGUGCUGCGUUCUCCAAUCGCAACUCUGAGUCCGCCGUCACCUCCAGGAAGACGUCUGCGGGCGACGCCCGCCAGGCCGCUGGCAAAGGGGGCGGAGCUCUGGGAAAGCAACCGCUGACCCGAACCCGGUCCACUGGAGCCAAGUACCCCAGCAGCGGUUCCCGUCGCAGACAGAAGGGCUCAGACUUCUCCUCGUCCUCGGAGGAAGAAUACGAGACGAGCGCAGUGAACCCAAAAACCAAACGCUCCUCCUAUCCCUCCACGUCCUCCCAGAUGCCUCGCCACCGCACCGCCGCCACCCGCUCCAAGUCUGUCUCCCUGGAGACGGAGGAGGACGAGGACCCGAGCGAGGUCGACCCCUACCAGAACUGGUCCACGCACAGCGCCGAGAUCGCCAAGCUCAGCCAGGACCUCGCCAAAGACCUCGCCAUCCUGGCCAAGGAAAUUCACGAUGUCGCAGGAGAUGGAGACUCACCGGGCUCCGGCAUGGGCACCGCUACCUCGCCCGGCUCGCUGCCCACCACACCGGCCUCCACCAUCUCCGCCCGGGAGGAGAGGCCAUCCUAUCCAUACUUACGGGGGGUUCGACCUUCUCAGCUGGUCCAACAUAUCCCUGAGGCCAGUUUAAACUACCAGAAGGUUCCUCCAGGUUCUGCAGUCGUCUCCGACCUGGACGCAAACAUGAAUGAGCCGGAGCCCGGUUCUAAGCAACGCCGUCCGUGGAACCGCGAAGAGGUGAUUCUGGACAACCUGAUGCUGAACCCGGUGUCUCAGCUGUCUCAGGCCAUCCGGGAGAACACGGAGCAGCUGGCCGAGAAAAUGAAGGUUCUGUUCCAGAACAAGGCUGACGUCUGGGAGGAGAUCGAGGCCAAGAUCAACGCUGAGAAUGAAGUCCCCAUCCUGAAAACCUCCAACAAGGAGAUCUCGUCCAUCCUGAAGGAGCUGAGGAGAGUCCAGAGGCAGCUGGAAGUUAUAAACACCAUCGUGGAGCCCGGUGGCAGUCUCCAGACUGCGGCUGUUGGGACGUCGCCACGCAGUCAGACUCGACCGUCCUCGAGGGAGAAGAAGCCCACCGCCAAACCCCGCGGUGCCGCUUCAACCUCCAAUGCCAACGAAAGCACCAAAAGACCACCUCGUGGACCCGACGGGUCCCACUACAUGGCCUGAGCAGGCCACCGUAGCACCUCUGGACAGAGACAGUAUGUCCACACCGCCUGCAGCGUCUGUCCACCGCUCUGCUGCAGCAGGACAGACGGAUGGACAGGAGCAGAACUGUCUCUCCACUGUUCUCAAAGUGUCUCCACAAAGUCUGUUUGUAUUUGUCCACAUUCAGAGGACACAGUGUCCUCAGUGUCCUACAGUGAUGUUGUGUCCCAGGUCCACACUUCACACACCAACAGGAGACAGAGCCGAGACAGGGUUUGAACAGGAAGUCCUUUAACCCUUUGAGACGUGAGCAAAUCUGUUUAAUUUCUUUGUAAAACACGUGAAGAAA